GAAAAAACGAGCGCUCACCAGAGCUCCGCGCUUAUAUCUUCUCGUCCCCCUAUCCAUGGCGACUUUCGCUUCUCCGUCCAGCCACUUCUUUUAUUUAUACUCAGCUUCUCCUUCUUCUCCUCCUCUUCCUUCCUCCUUCCUCUCCUCUCCUUUGCUUCUCCCGGGACACCUCCCCAAACCGGACGGCUUACGGUUCUUCUCCUCCUCUAGAGCGGUGACCGCAUCCCCGAGAGCCCUCCACCAACCCGCUGCAUUCUUCUAUGGAGGAGAGAGGCCCUUGGAUACCCAGACGCUUCUCGUCACCGCCACCGUCCUCGCCGCCAUUUCCCUCUCCCUCUUUCUUGGUCUUAAGGGGGAUCCGGUGCCCUGCGAAAGGUGUGCCGGCAAUGGUGGCACAAAGUGUGUCUUUUGCAACGAUGGUAAAAUGAGACAAGAAACUGGGUUAGUUGAUUGUCGGGUUUGCAAAGGUGCAGGUCUGAUACUAUGUAAAAAGUGUGGUGGUUCUGGAUAUUCCAGGCGUUUGUAAGCUGUUGACGGAUUGUUAAUCUUAUCUUGCAAUUUGUAGCAUUUAUUUCCUGUAGCCAAAAGGAUCUGCUGAGAACAAGUCUCAGGUUGAUAAUGCAUCAGUUACUCUCUCCUCAAACACUCUUCAAUCUGUUUCAUACAUGCAGCCAAAAGAGGACCAAAGAGAGGCAAAUGGAAGAAAUGUAACCAAAUUUGCACAUGUUAUGGUUGUAAUGGAUGCUCCUACUUAAGGUGCAUGUUGCUUAUAAGGGUAAAUUUGUCAAAUGAUUCUUUACAUAGAAUUAA